GUGUUUUUUGUUCUCUUGAGAGAGAACAGCUUCCAUUUAACCCUUCAGAAAAUGACCGAAUUUCUUUUCUGCUUCAGUUGCUGCAUUGGAGAGCAGCCACAGCCGAGGCGAAGACGGAUUGACAGGAGCAUGAUUGGAGAGCCAAUGAAUUUUGUCCAUACUGCUCAUGUAGGAUCAGGAGAGGCCAAUACUGGGUUUCCAACGGGUGGUUCAUUCCAGGAUCAGAUGAAAUCAAAAGGAGGCUAUGGACCUGGCAUCACAGAAGUGACACUUUAGCAGAUGUAUGUAUGGCUGACGUGACUGUGGUGCU